AUGGAACUGCAGCCCAUCACUGGAGUCGUCGGACGUGAGCGGUGGAAAAUGUUCUCCUUCCUCCCGUGUCUCCUCCACCAGGCGUCCUCCUCGGAUGGUUUUGAUCUGGGGGAUCUCUUCCAGGGCUUUUACCCCACGGGUGGGGGGAACGUGACUGAACUCUGCAGCAACCACACCGGGGCUCUCUUCGAUGAACUCAACCGAAUAGAUGGCAUUUCCGAAUGGGCGAUCAAAAGAUCCAAAUGGGAUGUCCCAAAGAUAAUCCAUUGCUAUUUGGGUUCUUACACGGAUGAAUUUAGGGAGAUGUUUAAUUUUGCAACUUUUGAAAGACUGAACUUGGCAAUUGAGACGUUCACAUUGUAUGAAUGA